UGUCAGCCGGCCGAUCCCCGCGGUCCGCUCCCGUUGCCCCGCGGUCUGUGCGUGGGCUCAGAGACUGGGGGACAACAAACAUGGCGGAGCGGAGCCAGACGGCGCCCGAGGCAGGCAAUGAAUUAGGAAAUGAUGAUAUUAUUGGAGGAAAUAUAAGCAAAUAUAUGGUGUUUCCAGCUGGAUACUCUGGACAGCCCAAGAAAGGACAUCUUAUAUUUGAUGCAUGCUUUGAAAGUGGUAACCUUGGCCGGGUUGACCAGGUCUCUGAGUUUGAGUAUGAUCUGUUCAUUAGGCCGGAUACCUGUAACCCACGCUUCCGAGUCUGGUUCAACUUUACUGUUGAAAAUGUGAAAGAGUCACAGAGAGUCAUUUUCAACAUUGUUAACUUCAGUAAAACCAAAAGUCUUUAUAGAGAUGGGAUGGCUCCUAUGGUGAAAUCUACUAGCAGACCAAAAUGGCAAAGGCUACCACCAAAAAAUGUUUACUACUACCGCUGCCCAGACCAUAGGAAGAAUUAUGUGAUGUCCUUUGCUUUCUGCUUUGACCGGGAAGAAGAUAUUUAUCAGUUUGCUUACUGCUACCCAUAUACAUACACUCGCUUCCAGCAUUACCUUGACAGCCUACAAAAGAGAAACAUGGAUUACUUCUUUCGGGAGCAGCUGGGCCAGAGCGUGCAACAGCGGCAGCUUGACCUCCUGACAAUUACCAGCCCGGACAAUCUUAGAGAAGGUGCAGAGAAGAAAGUGGUCUUCAUCACAGGACGAGUCCACCCAGGGGAAACACCCUCUUCAUUUGUGUGCCAAGGGAUCAUUGACUUCCUCAUAAGCCAGCAUCCAAUUGCCCGUGUCCUACGAGAACAUCUGGUCUUCAAGAUUGCGCCAAUGCUCAACCCCGAUGGAGUCUACCUGGGCAACUACAGGUGUUCCCUGAUGGGGUUUGACCUGAAUCGUCACUGGCUGGAUCCAUCUCCAUGGGCACACCCAACCCUGCAUGGGGUGAAACAACUCAUCAUCCAGAUGUACAAUGACCCGAAAACAAGCCUGGAGUUCUAUAUUGACAUCCACGCCCACUCCACCAUGAUGAAUGGCUUCAUGUAUGGCAAUAUCUUUGAGGAUGAGGAACGGUUUCAGAGGCAGGCUGUUUUCCCCAAGCUCCUCUGCCAGAAUGCAGAAGACUUCUCCUAUUCUAGUACAUCCUUCAACCGAGAUGCUGUGAAAGCCGGAACUGGCCGUCGCUUCCUCGGUGGGCUCCUGGACCACACCUCCUAUUGCUAUACCCUAGAAGUCUCCUUCUACAGCUACAUCAUUGGGGGUACCACAGCUGCUGUGCCCUACACUGAAGAAGCCUAUAUGAAGCUGGGGCGGAAUGUGGCAAGAACAUUUCUGGAUUAUUACCGGCUGAACCCCCUGGUGGAGAAGAUAGCAGCCCCCAUGCCAAGACUACGGUCCGGUGAGGAAAGAAGACUGGGCGGUGACCAUACACCUUGUCUGAGAACUGGGCAACAGCCACAAGCUCUAGGAGUUCCCAUGUCUGCUGGUGGAGAGCUCAGUGAGCAUCUGAGCAAUGAGAUCCAAUGGCAUCUGGAAUGUUCUAACACUGCCCUACCUCUGGGCCUCAUCUCCUAUUCUCCUACUGGUCCAUCCUCCUGGAAUGACAUGGCAAUGUCUAGCUCUCUGCUACUACCAGACCAUUCUUUCCACUGACCUUAUCCAUGUAGUUGGUGGCUCUGGAACUUAGCACUGAUGUA